AUGUCAUUGGUUGUGUCUCUGGCAGAGGUGACCACGUUCCCCAAGCCCACGGCGGAGGUCCGCUGCACAUCCUACAGCUCCAACGGCCACUAUCUUGCGUACACACAGCCAACACACGUUUUGGUGGUGUCAACGAAAGAUGGAGAGUCCAAUGACAAGGCCGCAGCUAAAUUCGACAUCAAAGAUACCUUUGAUUUGCAUUUCUCCCCCAACGGAAGAUAUUUGGCCCUCUGGACAAAGCCAAUCUUGAUUGAUAAGGAGAGUGGAGUGUGGUCGGAGAACGUUGUGGUGUAUGACGUUGAGCUUCAGAAAGAAGUCACAAAGUGGUCCAAUAAGCACCAGGGUGGCUGGCAACCACAAUUCACCCAGGAUGGCAAGUUUAUGGCUAAGAACUUUAACAACAAAGAAAUCCACUUCUAUGAGAUGUCGGAGUCCUUGGACAUUAAGAAGCCAUCUCACAAGUUCAAAGUACAAGAUGCUGGUGCUUCCUUCCAGAACUUCCAGUUGAGUCCAGGUUUGAACCCAUCUGUGGCAGUAUUUAUUCCCGAAAAGGGCGGAAAGCCCGCUCAGGUUCUCAUUUACAACGUUCCUUCUUUCAACCAACCAGUGUGUUCCAAGACAUUCUUCAAGGCUGAAAAGUGUCUGUUGAAGUGGAACGCCUUGGGAACGGCAUUGUUGGCAUUAGCAUCCACCGAUCAUGACACAAGCAACAAAUCUUACUACGGUGAGACCAACUUGUAUUUGUUGGGCAUUGCUGGUUCCUACGAGAGAAUCGAUUUGAAGAGAGAGGGUCCUAUCCACGACAUUACCUGGUCGCCAUCGGCCAGAGAAUUUGCUGUGAGUUAUGGUUUCAUGCCUUCUGAGACGACUUUCUUUGAUGCUAGAGGUAACCUGAUCCACUCGUUGCCCACUGCUCCACGUAACACCAUCUUGUACUCUCCUCAUGGAAGAUUUGUUUUAGUGGCUGGUUUCGGUAACUUGCAGGGAACUGUAGAUGUUUACGACCGUCAGAACAAGUUCAGCAAGGUGUGUACGUUUGAGGCAUCCAACACUUCUGUGUGCGAGUGGUCGCCAUGUGGACGCUACAUCUUAACCGCCACCACAUCGCCAAGGUUGCGUGUGGAUAACGGUUUAAAGGUGUGGCAUGCCAGUGGUAAGUUGGUUUACUACAGAGAGUAUCCUGAGUUGUUUUCCAUUUCAUGGAAGCCACAGAGUAUUGAGAAAUACCCACCAUUGAGACAGUUGGAGGCAUGUCCUGAACCUCAACAAUCAGCCAAGGAAUACUUGGCCAAAAGAGCUGCUUUGAGCGGAGGAAAUACCGUUAAGAAGACUGGAGCCUACAGACCUCCACAUGCACGUAACAGUGGGGCUUCUGCAACUUCAACAUCGUUGUACCAGAAAGAGAUGCAAAGCAACAUCGGAUCGACUACGCCAGCGUUCGUUCCUGGUGUGAGAAGGGUUGUUCCUGGUGCCGCUAUUCCAGGUGCUCCAGUUGCAGCCACGAAGGAGUCCAAGACUGCUGCUAAGAACAGAAAGAAGAGGGAGGCCAAGAAGGCUGCCCUGAGCGAAAGUAGCCCAGCACCCGAGACUCCAUCGUCCACUCCUACGCCAGUAGCCACCGUGAGCGGAGGAGCAGCAGGAGGAAGUGUUGUUGGAGGCGUCGUGUCGUUGGAAGAGAAGAAGAUCCGUUCUUUGUUGAAGAAGCUCCGUGCCAUCGAGACAUUGAAGAUGAAGCAGGCAGGAGGAGAACCAUUGGAAGACACCCAAGUGAGCAAGAUCAACAAGGAGGACGAUAUCCGGAAGGAAUUAAGCGAAUUGGGGUGGACAGAAUAG